UGACGUCAUACGAGGGCGACCGAGACGUGAGUUAUACGACAGCGGCCUGUACAGUUUUAAUCAAGCGUCGUAUCGUUUGUGUGCGGUGGAGGAUUCUGUGUUUAAUUCCUCGCCAUCAUGAAACUAGUCAGGUUUUUGAUGAAACUCAGCCAUGAGACGGCUACCAUUGAACUGAAGAAUGGCACCCAGGUUCAUGGCACCAUCACAGGUGUCGAUGUGAGCAUGAACACUCACCUGAAGGCGGUGAAAAUGACCCUGAAAAACAGAGAGCCCACUCAGCUGGAGUCACUUAGUAUCCGUGGCAACAACAUUCGCUACUUCAUCCUGCCCGACAGCCUCCCACUUGACACUUUGCUGGUUGACAUUGAGCCAAAGAUCAAGUCCAAGAAGAGGGAAGCAGUUGCUGGAAGAGGGCGAGGCAGAGGACGAGGCCGUGGUAGAGGAAGAGGACGAGGCAGAGGUGGUCCAAGGAGAUGAACACUGGGCCUUCUCUUGUCUUUUUGCCUCAUUUUUGACUUGGUUGUUUUUUUGUUGGGUUUUUUUUUUUCCUCAGACAGAAGCUUUGUUUUCCUACUGUUUUCAUAACAUGACUUAAUAAAGUGUCUUUGAAUAGAAACAA